AUGGCACCAUCAAAAGCCUACGGAAGCACCUGGAUCUGGCCACUGGACGGCAAGCUAUGGCCAGUGGUCAUUUGCCGAGACGAAAAGGUGCCUACAGAAUUCCUUGAGCACAGAGCCAAGGAAUACGCUCUCCCUGCGAUCUUGCUUGGCAAGCAUAAGUUCAUCUGGGUGGUUGUCAACGGGCUACAGGAAGUUGAUCCCAGUCAAGACUAUUCUAGCGGAUCAUGGUACCACCAACAAGGAGAAUGGACUGCAACUGACGCAGAUGAGCAGCUGCGGUGCAAUGCUUUCGAAAAAGACUUGGGAUUCUGGGGAGAUGAUGAGUUCUGGUCCAACUAUCUUCUGAAUGAAGCCGAGGUAAGGCGCUUGGAGAAGCAAGGCAGGCACUCGAGCGGAAAACGGAGAUGGAGUGAAGACGAUGAGCACGAUAGCAGCACGUCUGGCGCCAGAAGAAUCCGUUCUCGGAUUAACGAUGCCAUAGCAUCAUCACGCGAUAGGCGACAUGAGCAGCUGGACGCUCUCGGAGACGGAGACCUUCAGAUCCCGCGACCAUCUCAAGAGAAGAAGAAGAAGAAGGACAACCUGGACGAUGAUUCCUCUGAUGGAGAAGAGCUGUUCGUUCGAGAUCGACGAGUGGACAGCGCUCAGGGUUCGGUUGAAGAACAGAGGGAGAAGUAUCGUCGGGAGGUGGUUGCUAGAAAGCAUGACUACAGGGAAUGCACGAUCUUCGUCGGCGAAGAGCACAAGCCCUUCUUCCUUCCGAGAGACAAGAUCUCUCAUUACCACUACUUCUCAAAAAGCGUCCAACACUCUCCCGAGCUCGGCAACCACAUCAAACUCUACGAGAACUCGAGCAUCAAGUCCCCAGCCUUUGCUCCAAUCCACGAAUUCCUCAUCACUAAGGACUGCGCUCCCUACUUCCUCGACCGCAAGACUCCGCAAAUCGAAGGCGUCUUCAGCGAGGAGACCAAAGAUACCGCCGCCCAAAUCAUCGCCACCAUCUACGUCGACGCCGCCAAACUCCAACUGGACGGUCUGCAGACCCUCUGCGUCCGCAAGAUCAAAGCGAUGCACCCUCUCAGCGGACAAUCUCUCAUGUUGCUCAUCAGAUACAGCGAGAUGGUCUACAAGCACGAGCGCGAGCAUGACGACGAGUACCAGUCCCGAGGCGACCUGCAUCACUGGCUCGUCGAUCAGGUUGCGGAGCGGUUCUUUGAGCUUUACAAGCUGAAUUCGCUGGCUAUGGAUCGGAUUUUGAGAGAGUAUAGGGAUUUCAGGGAAACGGUUGUUGAUCGGCUGCCGCUGUAUCGGGAGAAAAGGGAGAGGGAGAUGGGAAGCUGA